AUGAUUGAAAUCGAUACGCUUAAAGCGUCCAAUCACCAUUAUAGCAAACUUUGCUAUGAUGAUACGGAUAGUUCAGAACCCGAUACCGCCUUAAAUACACCCACAGGUAGUUUGACAGACUCUUUCAGCAGACGAUACUCGUCCUCAUCCUCUACUUCCUCAUUUAAAUAUGGUACACAACGCAAGCCGUCUUUCACGCCGAGAUCACCGGAAUUCAAUCCCCAACAACAACAUACAGAAGUCCUAGAGAAACGCAUUCAGGCGCUGGAACAUGAUAUCACCGAGCAUGUGAAAAGAGAGGCAGAUUUACAAAGUCAAGUCUUAAUGCUGACCGAAAAGCAUAAAGGGGCUCCCACCCGUCAGUAUAAAUCCACCCUAACUCGGAUAAGUAAACAAAUAGACCAAUUUUUGGUGUCGCACGACAAGGCAAAAAAAAGUGUUUGUUGGAGUGAUGAGGAUUGGACAGGCAACGAAAUCCCCACUCUCUACGGUGAAGAGGUCUCCGAUAUUCCCUCUACACCCAAUAUGUCUAUACCGAUGGUUUUAAUAUUUCGUCUGAAAUCCAUGCUGGAUGCGGCGCAACCUGAACUUUGUACCGAAAUUUACCGCUCAUUAAACUCGUGGCAGGAAUUUUAUCAUAACAAGUUGCAAUUGUUUGAAUGCCAAGAUGAACGUGAUGAAUAUGAAACGACGCUGGAAAUGGUGAGACGAGAGAUGGAAACUAUGCUGGAAGAACUCGAAGAUACAAGGCAGCAACGUCUCAGAUACAAGACACAAGCAAGUCGCUUAAGAGCUGGGUUAGAAGCAAUCCAAAAAAGACAAUCUAAAGAGGACGACAGCCGUAGCACUGACGAAGAUGAGGAUGAAGAAGAAGACGAAGGGAAAGAGGCAAUUCGGCUCAUGUAUAACGAAGCAGAAAGGCAGGCGAUAGAUUUAGACCGAGAAUGUAAGCGACAAGCAUUAACAUUAAAUGGUAUACGCCAAGAAUUGAAAUCCACCGAAGAGAGAUAUCAAUCCAUCAAAACGGAAAAAAACAGGGACCUUAAGAACUUGCAGCGUACCAAUCAAAAGCUUAUUCGGGAUCUUGAGAUAGUUCAGCUUGAAAAACUGGAAAUGGCCCAAAGCGUGUCUAAAGCGGAAGAGGACGAGGAAAGAUUUGCAUUACAGGUCAACCUAAAAGCAGCAAAAUCCGAUGCAGUGAUUCAGCGCACAAAAAUAUCGCAAUUGGAACGGCAAUCAUCCCUGGCGGAUCUUAAUAAUAGUUUUGUAGCUGGUCUGCAGGAUUUGUUUCAAAAGGAACUUAAGGCUGUGUCAGGUCAAAGCGAUGAAAUAAUGAAGGAAAUGGCAAAUAUUAUUGAAACCGAACAAAAGGUGUGGAAAAAUGAAAGCUUGAAAACUUUUCAAAAGCAAUUUGAUAUUGAUUUGUUAAGAGUCAAUCGAGAAUUGCGAUUUCUUUCUUGUAAAUUAAAUGAUGUGGAAGAGGAAACCCGUGUAUUAAAAGCAAGGCAUUUGGAAGAGCUGUCGCUCUUGAAAUAUCAAUCCAAUUCCGAAUUUCAAAAGAAAUUCCACCAAAUUACGACACACCAUCAGCUCAGAGAGCAAGAGCUUAAGAACCAGCUGGAAAGCCUGUUUCAAAAAAAUCAGACGCUACAAGAUGAGUCGGUUAUCUUAUACGGUCGAAAUAUGUUGAUGGCCCACAAGUUAGGAAAAAUUGACAGAUUGCCGGAGAAAUAA